AUGGAUGAGGUCCUGGCUCAGCAGAAGCAGCAGCUGCAGAGCGUCUCUGAUGGCGUUGGUUCCAUCUUCAGGCUGAACGACCUGCAGGCUAACAUUUCUGAAACCAAGAUUCGGGUUUGGAGGUACAGCACCGCCGUGAGACACCUGGAUCCAAAGGUUGAACAGCUGGAAGCAGAUGUGGAUGCUGUCGGAGAUGACUUGAGUCAGCUGACUGACCAGACACUUGAAGCUGUAUCAGAUCUGGAGGAAGUCUUGCAGAAUGCCAGUGAAACAAAGUUAAAGGCGGAGGAUCUUCUCUCUGAAGCUGAAACUCUCCUCACAGCAAUACAAGAUUUGAUAAAGCAGCAAACUGAGGUGAAACCUGGAGAGUCAGCUACUCAGUCUCAAAGUGACAGAGCCAGGAUGAUGGAGGAGGCUCAGCGCGUCGUGCAGGAGAUGAGAGAGCGAGGCUGCGCUGCUCAGAGAGGCCGGGCUGGCAGAGAGCAGGAGGACGCACACCACUUGCUGGACAUAAUCAGGAACAUGACAGAUCCUGUGGAAACCAACCAGGCUGUGUUAAAUCAGACUGCAGACUCACUGAUGGCCUCAGACUCUGCUCUGAGGGAAGUGGCUGUGCUGCUGUCAGACACGAAGGACAGAGUCAACAGGACACAGAGCCUCAACCUGAAGAGUGGUGCUACCCUACAGCAUCUGGAGCAUCUUCAGUCUCAGCUGGAGGGGGAACAAAGUGCGCUCCUUCCUGUGACUGGAAUGACUAGAGACCUGCUAAAGAACACCACCAACGUCUUUUUAAUGCUUGAGGAAAUUAAGAGCGAAUUUGAGAAUCACGCAGCUCAGUUAGACGGUGCCAAGCUGGAACUCUUAAAGAAGUUAAACAACAUCGUCCAGAUUAAGACAAAGGUGGAUAUCGUUAACAAAGCUGAGGAGCAUGCAGAGAAGCUCAACAGAGAGGCAGCAGAAUUUCAGCAGGUGCUUCAUAACUCUACCAACAGUACUGACCUGCUCAGUGUGCUGGGUGUAGGAGCCUAUAAUAACAUCAUAAAGGCCAUAGAAGAGGCAGAGAUGGCAGCAAAUCAGUCCAGAGAGGCUGUUGAUCAGGCCUCAAAGGAUGUGAAGGAGGGAGGCCUCGUCAACAGGGCAGAAGGACUCAAAGAUAAUUCAACUCAUUUACAGACAGAAGCCAACGAGACUCAGCGUAAACUUGAAACGCUGUCACAUACAGUGAACACCCUCAAAGACCGUGUGAAUACGCAAAAGGAAAAAGGAGAAUCUCUGAGAACGGACAUCUCAACCGUCACUGACAACCUCAACAAGAUCAAAAGAGAUGACACAGACGUCCUGAUAAAGUCUGCAAAAACAGCUGCCUCUGCCUCCAACUCCACCGUCAGUGAUAUAACAGAGAGAGUGAGGAACCUCAGCCAGGAUGUGGAGAGAAUAUCUUUGACUAAUGUCAGUGUGAAUAUAGAUGAUACGUUGGCUGAAGCAGAGCAAGCAUUGAAGAACUUGAGCGCAGCCCUCCCUGUGUUGGAAGACAAAAUCACACAAGUUGAGGCUCUCAGUGAGAAGGCGUCUCCCAGUGCCAACAUGACAGAAAGCAUCAGGAGAAUCAAGGACGUGAUAGAGGAGACAAGAAACUUUGUUGACAGGCUCUCAGUUGCCACCACCUUCAACGGAAAAGGUCACGUUGAGCUUCGUCCUCCGAGAAACCUUGACGACAUAAAAGCGUUUACAGCCGUUGAUCUGCUUCUCAAUCGCCAUCAAAACAAUCCCUCCAAGGCUAACUACAGACGGAAGAGACGGCAGAACAAACACAAAGAUGCCAACAUGUUUGUUUUCUACCUGGGUAACAAAGAUGCUUCCGGAGACUACAUUGGGAUGGCUAUCAGCAGCAACGUGUUGACUUGUGUCUACAAGUUGGGUGGAGUCGUCCAUGAGAUUGUUACCAGCCCAAUAACAACAACCACCAAUGUGAACUCCUCAGACUUUGACAGGGUUAUCUUCCACAGAGUUUACCAAGAUGCUGAAGUGAACGUCACAGGGAACUUCACAUCACAGAAUCCGAUCCACCGCUCACCUAAACGUAACCAUCCAAACACAAUGACUGGUGUCCUUGAACUGGAUCCAGACAGCGUUGUGUUCUACGUGGGCGGUUAUCCUAAAAACUUUAUGCCUCCAGUGCAGCUGCGUCACCCACAGUACAGAGGAGCAAUGAAGCUCUCCUACAUCAACGAUAAUCCUGUGAGUCUGUUUAACUACAAGCGUGCCGUCAAUAUGGAUGCAAAGCAGCCUCCCAUCAAGAUUCCCCACUCAGAGGUGUCGGAUUAUUACGAUGGAACAGGUUACCGCUUGGCGAUUAUAAGGGAGCCACACAAGAUUAAGAGAAGACUGUUCAGAUUUCACAUUAACAGCCGAGAGACAAACGCCGUGCUGUUCUUCAUUGGAAAUGAAGGGUCUUUUUUCUGUGUGUUUGUGGAGAGAGGCUUCCUGGUGCUUGAAGGACAGCAAGCAGGUCGAGAGCUCAGAGUUCAGAGUGCUGACAAAGUGUCUCUAUUCGACAAACCCUUUGCAAUCACCAUCGCAGACAGCUUCACUGUGCACUGUGGACCACAGCAGAUCUCCACAGAACACAAUCAAACAAACUACAUGAGUUUUUACAUCGGGGGUGUACCAGCACAGCUCAGACAGAGACACAACGUCACAGCUCCAGCACUGAGAGGAUGUGUGGAUCAUCUGACAGUAGACGCUGAGAUCACUGAGUACAUCAGGACGAUUGGUGUCAGCGACGGAUGUCCAGUUUCACUACUGGGUGUUCGUUCAGCUACGUUAUAUUCAGCUCUGUCUGUUGAUUCCUCGGCUCUUUGGGGUGAACAGACGGCCGGAGUCUCUCUGGGCUUCAGGAGCACAGACAGAGACGGUCCUCUUCUCAGAAGCAGCUCUCAGGGCUCCACCUCUGUCCACGACUUUAAGCUGUCUCUGGAUGACGGCUAUGUAGUAUUUAAUAGUGAUGAUUACACCUUAAGGUCGGAUGAAAGGUACAGUGAUGGAAGCUGGCACUACUUGUCUGCAGUAAGGAGGCCAACAGGGUUGGAGCUCAGGAUUGAUAAUGUAAAGGUGAUUCAGGGACAAUCACCUGGUUUGAGGCCGGAGGAUCAAAAUUCGCAAGGAGGGAAAUUCAAAAGCUGCAUCGCUAACCUUUACAUCAGGAGGCCCGAGCAGAUCUUCAUACCUGCCGAUCUGAGCUCAUUUCCACAAACAGGAGUUGCAGUACUUGGCCUCUGCAGUCUCCAUCAAGCACCGCACACCAAGCUUCUACAAGACCCUGUAUUAAGAGGGUCCCAGAAACACAAACCUGCCUCACUUCUCCCUUGA